AUGGGCUCCAUCCCAGUUUGUGCCCUUCUUUGCUUUAUUAGCAUAGCAGCAGCCAAUAUAUUUGAGUACCAGACAGAUUCCCAGCCAUUGCGUCCAUGUGAGCUUCAGAGGGAAAAGGCUUUUGCAGGAGGCGACACCUAUGUACCUCAGUGCUCAGAAGAUGGCCAGUUCAGGACAGUUCAGUGCAGUAGGAAUGGUCUCUCCUGUUGGUGUGUGGAUGAGAAUGGCAUUGAGGUACCUGGCAGCAAACAGGAUGGAUAUCCCAUAUCUUGCUUAUCCUUCUGCCAGCUGCAAAAGCAGAGGAUCUUGGUGAGUCGCUACAUCAACAGCAGUAGUAUCUCCUACAUCCCUCAGUGCACGGAUUCAGGGGCAUUUGACGUGGUGCAGUGCGACACAGAGCUGGGUCAGUGCUGGUGUGUAGAUUCGGAAGGAAUGGAGAUCUAUGGCACCAGGCAGAGAGGAAAGCCAACAGAGUGUCCGGGGACCUGUGAGAUCCGAGACCGUCGCAUUCUGCAUGGCGUUGGGGAGAAGAGCCCACCUCAGUGCUCGACAGAAGGAGAGUUUCUGCCUGUCCAGUGCAAGUUUGUCAACACUACAGACAUGAUGUUUUUUGAUCUCGUUCACCAUUAUAACAGGCUCCCGGAAGCUUUCCAAACCUUCAGCUCCUUGCGGGAGACAUUCCCAGAGGUCUCUGGGUACUGCUACUGCUCGGACAGCCUGGGGAGAGAGCUAGCAGACACCGGCUUGGAGCUGCUGCUUGAUGAAGUUUACGACACAAUUUUCUCUGCACUGGAGCCUGCCCGCACGUUUGCAGAGACCAGCAUUUAUCGGAUCCUGCAGAGGAGGUUUCUGGGGGUGCAGCUGGCUACCUCUGGCCGGUUCAGAUGCCCCUCAAAAUGUGAGGUUGAGCGAUAUGCAGCUGUGCGCUACCAGCAUGCCUACGUGCCAUCCUGUGACCCUGAUGGGGGCUACACACCGGUGCAGUGUCAGCAGGGAGGGCAGUGCUGGUGUGUGGACACCAAAGGGAGAGAGGUCCAGGGCACCAAAAGACGAGGACAGCCUCCAGCUUGCGGUGAAGAACACAUAUGCAUCUCUGAGAGACGACGAGCAUUGUCAAGGAUCUUUUAUGGCCCUGCUGGGUACUUCAGUCAGCCUGAUUUAUUUUCCACACCAGACGUGCACUCAGAGAAAAUAGCUGGCUACUCAAGACCUUGCCCUCCCUUCUUCAAGGAGCUGUUUCAGGUCUCUGGACUGUCAUCCCCAGUCAUGCAAAGCCCAUAUGCCAACCAGAUUCCUGGGCUAGAAUCCAUCCUUAGUGAAGCCAUCAGAGGAAUAUUCCCAUCAAGGGAACUGGCUCAGGUGGCAUUGCAAUUUACUGCCAAUCCAAAACGUUUCCAAGAAAAUCUCUUUGGAGGAAAGUUCUUGAAGAAUAUGAUCCAGUUUAACUUCACAGGGGCACUUGGCACUAGUGGCAAAUACAGCAUUGGCCAAUUUUUCCCAGAGGAAGAUGUGGCAGGGAAGGGUAAUGGCCAAGGCCUUCUGGAAUCAGCUGAGGCAUUUUCAUUGGAAGUAUCAAAGGGGAGCUCCAUUUUGAACCAACCUCUUGUAGGCAGCUUUGGCCGCACAGUUACUCUGCAGGACAAUCAGAAUAUGAUGAAAUUCCUUUCCUCUGUCCUGGAACUACCAGCAUUUUUUGCUUUUCUUCAACAAGUGAUUUCUGUCCCCGGAAGCAUUGCUGAAGAUUUAGGUGAAGUGGUGAAAAUAGCAUUGGGAUCCAAAGACUGUGGUGAGGAGACAAAGGACCUGUUUGUUCCAACAUGCACCAAGGAAGGGAGGUAUGAGGAAGUUCAGUGCUAUGCAGGAGAGUGCUGGUGUUUGGACCCUUCAGGUAAUGAAGUUCCAGCCUCAAGAGUUCGAGGUGAACGUCCAAGGUGUCCCACUGACUGUGAGAAGCAAAGGAGAAACCUGCAAAACUUGAAGCAAAGCCUUCCUGCAGGAUCAGAUCUUUUUAUUCCCUCUUGUACCAAGGAUGGAGACUUUCUGCCACUCCAGUGUUAUGGGACAAAUUGCUUCUGUGUUGACUUGAAUGGCAAGACUAUUCCAGGAAUAAGAGGAAAUACUGGAAAACCAAUGCAAUGCCCCAGUGCUUGCCAAGCAAAAGCCAGUCAGGAGUUUCUAAAGACUGUGAAAGUCCUGCUGUCAGAUCCAAGUGCCCUGUCUCAGCCCUCCAGCAUUUACAUGCCCCAGUGCGAUGCUGACGGUGCCUGGAGGCAGGUGCAGUGCAGCGGUCCUCCUGAGCAAGCCUUUGAGUGGUAUGAAAGGUGGAUGACAGAGAACAAUGAAGGCAAACCUCUGCCUGUUGCUGAUCUAUUGAACAUCAUAACUGGAUAUAAAAAUGUCUCUUCCAAAGGAUUUUCAGGUUUUAUUAAAGCUUUGUAUGAAGCUGGGCACCAGAAUGUCUUCCCAGCUUUCACCACCUAUUCCUCCUUCGCUGAUCUUCCACGUGAAGUGCUGGAAGGAAACGUGACCUACGCAUCUGAGAAUGUUUUAUUGGAUCCAUAUACAUUCUGGCAGCUUCUGAAUGAGCAGCUGACCUAUUAUCCAGGACCCUACACUGAUUUCAGCGCUCCAUUAAGCCACUUUGAACUUCGUGAUUGUUGGUGUGUUGAUAGCAAAGGAGAAGAGCUGCAAGGAACAAGGGCAGAAGUGAACCAGGUUCCCAAAUGUCCUGGUGUAUGUGAAGGUGUUAAGCAGGAAGCCAUGAAAUUUAUGGAGGAAGCAGAGCAACUCAUCCGAGCAUCAAACACUUCCCAUUUCCCUUUUGGAGAGAGCUUCUUGAUGGCAAAGGGAAUACAGCUCACAGACAGCGACCUCCUACGUUCUGCUCAGCUCUAUGAGCCAGAGGUGAUGGUCUCUGAAAAGUUGUUAUUGGGCAGUGACUAUUCCCUCCAACUGGCCGCACGAUCAGUCUUGCAUUUCUACUGGCGGAGUCACUUUGCUGUGAAAGGUUCUGCUGGAGAAGCAACACAGCUGGGAUUUCAUCCCUACAUCCCACAGUGCGAUGGCCUGGGAAACUGGGAGCCAACUCAGUGCUACGAGAGCACAGGCCAUUGCUGGUGUGUGGAUGAAAGAGGACAUUAUGUUAUGGAUUCCUUGGUCUCGCGCUCAGCAGAACUUCCCAAAUGCCAGACGUCAUGUCAGAGAUCUCGAGCCAAUGCCUUAAUUUCCAGCUGGAGACAGAGUGGCUCAAAGGUGGAUGCCUCUGCAGCAUAUCUGUUUGUCCCCUACUGCCUUGAGACAGGAGAAUAUGCUGUGCUACAGAGAUCCUACACAGACAUUUGGUGCAUAGAUCCUGUGUCAGGAGAAGUAUUUCAGCGUGGCAGCAUAGAUUCAGAUGGCAAUCCUGAGUGUCCUAGUUUCUGUAAUACGUUGAAGUCCAAAACCAGUUUACGAGAAGCUGGUAAAGGCUACAUCCCACAGUGUGAAGGGGACAAGGGGAUGUUCUCACCCGUGCAGUGCAGCCAGGAUGAAGAAAGCUGCUGGUGUGUGUUCGACAACGGAGAAGAGGUGCCUGGGACACGAGUAAGCGGAGGAAGACCUGCAUGUGAAAGUCCCCAGUGUGCUCUGCCAUUUGGUGCCUCAUCUAUUCUCAACGGAGCUGUGAUUUGCGAAAAGGUUUCUGAGCAAACGUCAGGCGUUCAGCAGUGCUGGCUGGUGUGUCGCCAAGGCUUCCACAGUGCUUACUCCAGCACGUCGUUUCAGUGCGAUUUGCUGCAGCAUCGAUGGGUCUCAGCUGCCCCGCUCUACCAGGCCUGCCAAAAGCUCCAAUUAUUUCAGACAGUCCAAGCUCAAACACACUUUCAACUACUGCUACCUCCUCAGAAGGCUUGUAGUUCUGACUACUCUGGAUUACUCGAGGCAUUCCAGAUACUUAUUUUAGAUGAGUUGAAGGCUCGUGGUUUCUGUCACCUCCAGGUAGAUGCAUUUGGAAAUACUGUCUCAGUUCCUGUCUGUGACAAUUCCUCUGUCUAUGUUGAAUGUGUGAGUGUGGACCGCCUGGGAGUGAAUGUCACGUGGAGGACUCAGCUGGAAAACAUCCCAGCAACUUCUCUCCCUGACUUACAUUAUAUUGAAAAAGCAAUUGUUGGAGAAAAUCUCGUUGGAGCAUUUAUUAAAGAGAUUGAGGAUGGUGGAUUUCAGCUGUAUUUGGACUCCAAGCAAUUCCUAGCAGAUUCGUUCAUUGAUUUUCCUCGGGAUGAAGAAUUUGAUCUGUCCCCGAGCGUGCAGCUAGGAUGUAGAAGUGGUUUUAGAAGAACUUCAACUCCUGGGAAAACCACCCCAAAUGCACAAGGAUGUGUUGUUUGUCCUUCAGGCAGUCAUUUCCAGAAUGGUGAAUGCAUUCCCUGCCCUCUUGGUUACUACCAGUACCAGACAGGACAUUCCUCUUGUAUCAAGUGUCCAACGGGUAAAACUACCAACUCUUAUGGGGCAUUCAGCAUUGAUCACUGUAUCACUUACUGUCAAGGCAAUAAGCAGGGUUUGCAGUGUGAUGAACAAGGCCAGUACAGACCUUCCCAGCAAGAUCCUGACAGUAAGAAAUCCUUCUGUGUUGAUGACUUUGGAGCAGCACUGGAAUGGACUGAAACAGAUGAUCUCCUUACAGACUACCAGUGCCUAUUGCUCAGAAGAUUUGAGAGAGUUCCUGCCUCCAAACUUCUUUAUGGGUCAGAAGAUGCUCAAAUUCUUCAACCUCAGUCAUUCAGGAGAGACCUGCAAAGUCCAGCUUUUCAAUGCAUUUCAGACUGUGAGAAGGAAGAAGCAUGCAGUUUUGUCACUGUAACCCCUGCUGGUUCUGAAGUUGUGUGUGAAUUAUAUAGUGCCACUGAAGUCAACUUCAACUGUACCACCUCUGGAUUGGUGCAAGGUGUUUUGGGGAACCCUGCUGCCACUCGUGUUGGUCGUCUCAGCUGCAUGCUUUAUAUCAGGAACCCAGAAGGAGAUGCAGUGACAGUCUAUUUGAAGAAAGCACAAGAAUUUAACUCAUCUGGCCUCAAAACCUUCGAAAAGACUAGUUUUCAGAAUGUUCUUUCUGGUGUGUAUCAGUCCAUGGCGCUCUCAGCAGCCAGCACAUCUCUGACGGAUGCUCAGCUCUUCUGCCGGCAGACUUGCAGCAGGGACUCUUGCUGUGAUGGCUUCAUCUUGAGUCAGAUUGCCCUUGAAGGAGGUACCAUUUUGUGUAGUUUGAUGAGCUCCCCAGAUGUGCUGAUCUGCAAUGAAAAUAGCUGGAAUCCAACUUCUGUCGCAGAAGGAAUAUGCAAAGGCAUGAGCUAUGACAAAAAAGAGAUGACGUUUUCCUUCACCCUGGGAGGGCAAGUGUUCAGUGGAACUUCUAAGCUGGCAGAAGAGGAAGAGAGAAAUUUUACCACUUUUCAACAAGUUUAUCUGUGGAGAGGCUCCGAUAUGGUCACCCGGCCUAAAACCUCUGUGUGUGAUGCUACUGCUUUGAAGAUAGAGAAUGAUCUAACAUUAUCAGAUUCCACAAAGGAUCUUUUCUACCUAAUGGACAACAGCCAGAUACAAAGCAACCCAAACUAUUCAAUUCCUUACCAGCAGUACUGGGUUUUCAGGCAGAAGUACUCAGCGGAGGAAGCGGUGCUUUGGUGUCUCACACGUUGUGCACAAGAAGAUGAAUUUUGUCAAAUGGCAGAUCUUCAAAAUGCCACAGACACAUACUUUGUGUGUACCCUGUAUCCAGCAGCACAAAUUUGUGAUGGCAGCAUUGACCAGAUAGCGGAGAACUGUCGUACCGUCCUACCCUGGCAACCACAGGCAUUGUAUCGAAAAAUAGUCACUCUGAAAAGUUCUGUGAAGAGCUUCUACACACGUGUACCAUUCCAGAAAGUAAUGGGGAUCUCAGUGAGGAAUAAGACUGACAUGAGCAGAAAAGCAGUUUCAGAUGGCUUUUUUGAGUGUGAGCAUUGGUGUGAUGCUGACCCCUGUUGCACAGGAUUUGGUUUUUUUAAUGACUCUCAGCUGUCAGGAGGAAAGAUUGUGUGCCUGACUCUGAACAGCCUAGGAAUUCAGACAUGUGCCGAGGAAUCAAGAAGUGCUUGGCAAAUUUCAAGUUGUAGUUUGCCAGAUGCUGAAGUCAGAAUACAUCCAUUUGGCUGGUAUCAAAAGCCUGUUGAUUUGACGAACACCAUCUCUAACCUGUGUCCGCCUGUUAGUUUACCUUUCAGGCCAGAAAGUGAGUAUUUGGAUAUAUGGCAAUCCUUAAAUGCAACCUCUGUUCUCAUGGAUUCAUCUGUCUCCAACUUUGAAGUUGUGCAAGUAAGCAGGGAUAUAUCCAAUGACUUUGCCACUGCCAAAGACUUUUGUCUAGCUGCAUGUUCAAAGAACCAGACGUGUACAGUUGUUACACUGGAAAUCAAGCCUUCAGCAAUAAGAUGCCUUUUUUACCCUGAUACGCAGAUAUGCUUACAUGGCCUGCAAGGGCACAGCUGUCAGGUUUUACUCAAAGAGCCAGCUACAUACAUCUACAGGAGACAAGAUUUAUUCCCGCCCAUCUCUGAAUCAGAUUUAACCCCAUCCGUGUACAUUCCAUCACAUGGAGACUUGAUCGGCAAAUCCCAGGUGGCGCGCAUCGGCUCAGAGUGGAGAAAUAUCAGCCAGUUCCUUGGGAUUCCCUAUGCUGCACCUCCCCUUGCAGAGAGGCGCUUCAAUCCUCCAGAGCCGUUUGCUUGGGUGGAAACCUGGAACGCUACUGUGGCUCGGUCAACUUGCUGGCAGCCAGGGGAUGGAGAGGCGUCGUCAUACUCUGUCAGUGAAGACUGCUUAUAUCUUAAUGUCUUUGUUCCUGUCACCACGGUCAAAAACAUGUCAGUGCUGUUGUUCUUCCACAACGGAGGGAGUGGCAACAUUGAAGCAGGAAAGACAACCAUAGAUGGCUCAUACCUUGCUGCGAUCAGUAACAUCAUUGUUGUGACGGCAAGCUACAGGGUUGGUGUCUUUGGCUUCCUCAGUACGGGCUCUUCUGAGGCGAGUGGAAAUGCUGGCCUUUUGGAUCAGUUGGCAGCUCUGAAGUGGGUGCAGCAGAACAUUGCUAGCUUUGGAGGAGAUGCAACCCGUGUGUCUAUAGGGGCUGACCGCAGCGGGGCAGACGUUGUCAGUAUUCACCUACUCACAGACACAGCCGAUACGGAUCUCUUCAGGAGGGCAUUGUUGAUGGGAGGUUCAGCUUUUUCUCCAGCAUCCAUUAUUACUAAGAGAAGAGCCCAGACACAAGCAGCAGUCCUGGCUGAGGAAGUGGGAUGCUCUUCACCUACCAAUGGGGAAAUCAUGGCCUGCCUUCGCCAGUUGCCUGCUCGUGUCCUCAAUGAUGCACAGACUAAGCUCCUAGCGAUAAGCGGCCCAUUCCAGUACUGGGGUCCAGUGAUGGAUGGAAUUUACCUCCGGGAACCUUUAGCUAAAUCCCUGCAGCGCUCUCAACUUCGGAAAGUAGAUCUGCUCAUUGGAAGUGCUCAGCAAGAUGGGCUGAUCAGCAGAGCUAAGGCAAUUAAGAAAUUUGAAGAAAGUCAAGGAAGAGCCAAAAGUAAAACAGCGUUUUAUCAAGCUCUGCAAAAUUCUCUUGGAGGAGAAGACUCCAAUAAGUUCAUUGAAGAUGCAGCUACAUGGUAUUACUCCCUUGAACACUCAACCGAUGAUUAUUCUUCUUUUUCCAGAGCUUUGGAAAAUGCCACCCGUGACCAGUUUAUCACAUGUCCCAUCAUAAACAUGGCAAAUCACUGGGCUGCUAACUCCAGAGGAAAUGUCUUCAUGUACCACGUACCUGAAAGCUCCUCACAGAGCAGUUCAGGUCUGGAGCUCUUGCUUGAUGUUCAGUAUGCAUUUGGACUGCCAUUCUACCCAAAGUAUGACGAACGAUUUACUCUGGAUGAAAAGCGCCUUUCCUUGCAAAUUAUGCAGUAUAUCUCCAAUUUUGUAAACUCUGGAAAUCCAAACUACCCUCACAGUUUCUCGAGAAGAAUGUCAGGGUUGAUGCCACCCUGGCCAAUGUUUCUGCCAAAUGAUGAUGGUGAUAACUACAAAGAAUUCACCGCUUCCUUGCCAACUCUUAAAGGAUUAAAAAAAGAGGACUGUUCUUUUUGGUCUGAUUAUAUCAGAAGACUGAAAGAAUCCACAGGAAGUGCAAGUAAUGGAGAACAAUCUGCAGAAAACAGCUCUAGUGAAGCCCCUAGUGAAGGAGUUACCUCCCAGGAGAGCCAGCCAGUGGGAGACAAGGUGGCUUACAGCAGAUAGAAUGUUACUGUCCUAUUGGAUGGGUUUGCCAUGUAAUUGUACAUCCAUACAACUGUGUCAUACCAGAUAAACAAACUUCUUCCUUUAGUUAACGCUCUGAACAAAUAAAGUAGACCUUUCAAGAAAGUAGUCUUUCAAGAAAACUUUUGAAUAUGGCACAAUGGAUAUUAUUUUAGGUCAAAAGAAACUGAAAUUUGCAAAGUGGAAUAUCAAUAAAAACUUCAAAAAUUAAGUGAA